AUGUCCUUAGGCCAUGCCCGCCAGCGUUCGAACUCGGCAAAGGGCUCCUCAAUCCGAUCAGACGUUAAGUUUCAGAUACCCACACCGAGCAUCACCCCACAAAACGACGAAUUCGCUUUCCAGCCAUGCGCCGCAACCGGGUCGUUCUUGCUGUACGCGCAGCAGAACAUAAUUUACUGCCUCCACCACGAUACUCUGGCGAUAGAAAGGCGAUUCGAGAGACACAGAGAAGACGUUGCAUGGAUCUCGACAGACAACGUUAGCGAGCGCGGAGCUGGUCGAUUGGUCUUGAGCUACGACACAGGCUCGACAGCAAUAGUGUGGGAUUUGUUGACUGGAGACGAAGUCGCACGAUUUGCGUCGUAUGAGCAAAUAAGGGUGGCGACGUGGAUGAGGAACGGAAAUGUCGCGUUUGGCAACGCGCAGGGCAACAUCAUUCUGUUUGAGCCUUCCACCUCUGAACAUCUCUCAGCGAGAACGAUUUUCGACCCAAUCACUGCACUCGCCCCAGCUUCGGACUGCCGCACAUUCGCAAUUGGCUAUCACAAUGGCUCGAUUCUUAUUGCUACACUACAGCCAUCAUUCACGAUUCUUCACACCCUCACAACUCCACGUAUUCCCUCCCCUAUUGCGGGGCUAGCUUGGCAUGGAUCUUCUUCAAAACAGAAGUCUGAGAUGUUGGCCGCCCAAGCAUCAGAUGGUGACCUCAGAGUGUGGAGUGUGCCAAAGGGCUCACAUGGCGGCGAUGCACCUUGCGUAAUUCGCGUGCUCAACAAGUCUGACCAAAGAGAGCUUGGCCCUUGCUGGUUCUCCUGGUCGAAAAACGGACGAAUCGUACAAUAUACUGAGGGCCAAACCUGCGCAUGGGACGUCCGUACCAAAAGGGUCAGCUAUGAAACUGUUCCUACCACUCAAGACGUCGCAGCUAUUUGCAGCUAUGGUGCUACAGCAACUCUAUUCACGUUGGGCCGCAACUAUAGUGUCCAGCAAUACGACCUCAAUCCUAGCGGUCAGCCGAGUAUGGUCGCUAAUGUCCAGCAUGCGCCUGCAAACACGCCUCCGUCGCCACCGGUCUCCUUGGACGAGCAAAGGCAGAUACACCUGCAACUGGAAGAGGAUCCAGUGACAGCACAUCCAGUGACAGCGCACCCCAUCAAGACUGCGCCUCAAAUGCUCCUUGCCUCGGAAGCGAGUGAAGAUGAAGAUGCUGUCAUGUCGCCACUGCAGAAGAUUGCGAACGAGUUGGUCGAGCUAGAGGAAGAGCGUCGGGACCGGGUUGGUCCUUUGAGCCCAGUGUCAAGUCGUGGAUCGCAAAGCUCGCGAUCUUCUGGUGGCAGCGGGCGCCAACCCCGUUACCGUUAUGACAGGCCUUCUUGGGGCACAGCUCGCUCGUCAAGGAGCACAGCUUCCGGCACAUCAGGUACAGUCUUCUCAUCUGGAGAGUCAUCGUUCGCAGCAGGCGCUUCACAAGCCAGCAUGUCCAUUCAUUCCGGUACAUCAACCGCAGCUUCUUCCCGUUAUGGCUCGUCAGCGCUUCGCAAAGAGGUGAUGCGUAGCCCUGACGAGUCGAAGAAGACCCAGAAAAUGGACCUGUUCCCUUUCACCAAGGCCAGGUUAGCCGACGUGCCUUUCCGACCUACAGAGCUCGGUCCCGAGCGCACACCCAAUGACUUGAGGAGAAACCUACUGAAGGUUGUGUUUGGAUGGGAGAACGACAUCGAUGAGCUCAUUCGUGAUGAGCUUGCGCGCCACAGUCCUGGAUCAGCUGCGGCUGUCUUACUUUCUAAGUGGCUAGGUGACCUGGGAGCCGAUUUCAUGGCUUCUAUGGUGGGUUCCGAGUCAAUGACUUCCUCCGACUGGAUGUUACUCGCUCUGAGUAAUAUGGGUCAAGGAUCGCAGAAGAAGGUCGGAGAGGCAUUUGUGCAGCGACUGCUCGAAAAGGGUGAUAUUCAUCCUGCGGUUGCUAUUCUCCUUGGUUUGGGUGAACACAACGACGCCAUUGAGGUCUAUGUCUCUCAGAAACACUACAUGGAAGCGGUCUUACUGACCUGCCUGACCUUCCCUGUUGACUGGCAGAGGCAGUCUCAUCUAGUCAGGAAGUGGGGAGAGGCUGCGAUCGCUAAAGGCAAGGCUGAGUUGGCAGUCAGGUGCUUUUCCUGCAUGGGUCUGGAGACGACCGAGCCCUGGUUUUCUCCGCGAGCUCAAGACGCUGUUUUCUCUGCGCAGAAGCAAGCUCUCUUAGGCUCACAACUCAGUCCGCCAUUGUCGCCACCCAGCGUGGGUAGCAGCAGAGUUGCCGCUAGGAUGGCAUCUCUCAAGCUGGUCACGGACUUUUCUCGUGGCCCGCAACCUAGGCAAAUCGUUCAAGGAGAGGAUGAUGAGCGAACUCCUAUGCACGCCGGCACCACACCUAUCGCUGAGUCUGCAACGACUCCAGCAGUCGGCAGCCAUGGCUGGAUCGGCCGCAGUGUUACUCGAGACAGGUCUCUAGAGCCCUCUUCUGCGCGUACUGCUACUCCUGGAGCAUAUGGAAGGAAGCGAAUGCCAUCUCGCUCAGAUGCUGGACGUUCAACGACCACCAACGAAAGCCUGGCAUCUCUUGCAAUCCCCGAUCGUGGACAACGAGGAGAGUCAAAGCCACGAACGGCUGUCGAUAACAUUGGUCGCGAAGCCGAAACUCUCCCAUUUUCGACAAGGCGAGCCACUUCCGGAGGCAAUGCCAGUGACCUCAUGCUUUCAGCAGUCACGCUUGCACCUGCUAAGCUGGACGAUCACCUUCCCUCCCCGGCAGUUGGCGUGUUCGACGCCUACAAGGAGAGGAAGACGGUCUCUCGCACCAGUUCCCGUAGUCGAAACCAGCGAGAUCUCCACCUGGCCAUGGACACAACUGUCGUAGAGGCAGGCCCAGACACCCACUACACCAACAACCUCAGCCCACCACUGACAGGUGCGAGUAUGAAGAGCGCCAAAGCACGUAGCAUCGACCAGUACAUUAGCAGCCUCGAUGAAGCCACCCACUUCGCUCGCGAGCGUGCUGACUCCAGGACUGAAGAAAGGCCUGACUCACGUACAGCAAGGACCCGCAGUCGCACCCGCGAUGAGUCUCAAGGCCGUGGACGAUCUGAUGUCCGUUAUAUUCGACCUGCCAAGCGCUCGCCAUCCUCGCCCGUGCCCAUGUCACAUGAGGAUGCUGGUGUGACCAGUAUGACGGAAGCUGCGACGAACACAGAUGCCUACGAUGACGAGCGUUUCUACCGAGAGCUUGCUUCUCCAAUCGCAACGGAAUCAGUUGCGAGCACUCGCAGAGCACGUAGCCGUGCACGAUACGGCACAAGUAAGACCAGAGCUUCUUCCAAGACUGCACAACGGACCGAGUCCCCUGAAGCCGCUGUGCGUACACGCAGUAGAGGUGCCAGCCGAGCUUCCAGCCGCCGUCCCACUGCCGACUCUGGUCGCAGUGGUAUGCGUGGUGACCGUUCUCCUGAGUCGCCGCAGUCAAUGCGGGCAGAGGAUUUUGGCAGCAGUACAGACACUAGCUCCGCUCGUCCACGUCAACGCAGUAGCAGCCGUCAGCCUCGAGACCGCUCAAUCAGCAGGAGACCUACGCCUGCUGUCCGAGGCCCUAGCCUGAAUCGCAAUCAUGUACGCGCUGGCUCACCUGACUCGAUCUCCUCUAGCCUUCAGGGCGCUUCUCGAUCGCGUCCUCUUACUCGAACCAGGAAGGAACUCGCAGCCAAGGAGCUGGAAGCUCGUAGGCUGUCACUGGCUCGACGACCUUCAGCACCAUCGAUCCCUCAUCCUGAGGAGUUCAAAUUCAGGCCAAUGUCCGGUGGACGCUCUAACACUGACGAUAUGUUGGGGUCAAUCUCGAUGUACCAUGAUCCUAUCCAGCGAAGCCAAACGGCGGAUCCGAUCAAUAAGCCAGUAAACAGGUUCUUGGCUAAGGGAACCUCUACCCCUUCUGUGCCCAUUGGGCUUCCAGCUAACCCUCGAGCUAUGAGGCACCCUCGAUACAUGUCCGCGGAACCAGAAGAGGAAAGCAUCCCUGCUGUGCCUGUCAUUCCACAAAAUGUCUACGCGCAAGCACCGCAAGAGGAGAAGGAGGAUGACAUUGGUCCUCUGCUACCAGCGACCACGUUUCUUCCACCGACCACAUUUGGACAGCCAACGAACCUACCCCGCUCAGCGUCGGCACCCCCACAGGAGAUCCUUCUGCCCAAUGCAUUCCCUAGCGUAGGGAGGCGCCCGUCUCUGAGCGGAUCCCGUGGCCACACGCGAAUGAAUUCACCACCAGAGAUCUUGCCGCCUUCCAACUAUAAGCGCAUCAGUCCACCUCCAUUCAGAAACAGCACUGACGGUACCAUCAACGAGACCCAGGUGAUCAUCAUCGAGGAGGGAGACGUUGCACCCCCCGUUCUGUCUCAGCUUCAACAUUUGGGCGCUCCACCACCACCACCUCCGCCGCCACCUCCACCACCGUUCUCCUUUGGGACCAGCGGUACUCCCAACGGCGUCAGCAUCGUGAACGUCGGCAUGGAAGAACAGCCCCAGCGUGUUUCUCCCACCACUGCCUCCGCGACUGGGUCACCACAUGCUCAUCGACGAGGUCGCGGCAGCGUCAGCGAGAACCUUGGUUCGACCUUCAGGCGUGUCACCGACCGUAUGCGCAGUACCAGCAGAUCAGGCCACAGGUCUCCGCCAGCUAUGCGCACAGAUGGCGCCGCGCCUUACGAGAGCGUCCCAGACUACUCAUACUCCCGCAACGCAGCGACACGCUCACCAGGCGAAGGCAACAACCUAGACUCGUACUUCAACAACAUGCCACCGCCUCCACCACCACCUCCGGUCCAGCCAUGGGAGCAAGUCAUUCCGCCUACCGAUGACCAAUCUUUCUACAAGCACCCUAAGGAGAUCCGCGCCAACAUGCCACCAGAGACACUCCAAGCUGGUGUCUACAAGCCCGAGGCCACGCCCAUGAUCUAA